AUGCACUCGGUAUGGACGAAGGCAAGAUUAUUGUUUUACCGAUGCGGCGUCAAAAUGCAAAACCACCUAUUCAUGCGUUACCGUGGAUUCGCUCAAGAAGCCGUCGUAGAAUCGAAAUUCGACUUGUAUCGUUUGGACAAAGGGCCGUCUGAGAAAUCGACUUUGCUGAAAGACGAAGCCACUUAUGCCCUGAAGACAAUGAAUUACAUACGUCGGAUGGAGAAUAAAGCCGCGGACUUGUACCGACUGCGGCUCAUCAACGGCUUCCUGCAUCUGUACGCCGGUCAGGAAGCCGUGGUCGUAGGCUUGAGAAUGGCUAUGCACAAGGAGGACACCGUUAUCACUGCGUACAGGUGUCACGGUUUCGCCGUGGUGUUCGAUAUCCCUGCUCGCGCGGUUUUCGCGGAGCUCAUGGGUCGCAAAACCGGCGCCACCAAGGGCAAGGGUGGCUCCAUGCACAUGUACGCGCCAAAUUUUUACGGCGGCGACGGCAUUGUCGGCGGACAGGUACCGAUCGGCACCGGCAUCGCGUUGGCGCACAAGUACAACGGCACUGGUACUGUGUCCUUCACAUUGUACGGAGACGGCGCGGCGUCGCAGGGUCAGCUCUUCGAGGCCUGGAACAUGGCGAAGCUCUGGAACCUGCCGGUGGUUUACAUAUGCGAGAACAAUGGAUACGGCAUGGGCACGGCCGUGCAUCGGCACUCCGCCAAUACGCGGCUCUAUACACGCGGAGACCUCAUACCGGGAAUAAGAGCGGACGGUAUGAAGAUUGUAGAUGUGCGAGAGGCCAUACGGUUCAGCCGCGACUACGCGCUCCGUAAUGGGCCGAUCGUAGUCGAAAUCGUAACCUAUCGUUACUUCGGACACAGCAUGAGUGAUCCUGGUGUAGGAUACCGCACCAGAGAAGAAAUCAGAUCUGUGCAAACCGAGCGAGACCCGAUCACAUUGUUCAAUCAACUGGUUAUAGAAAAAGGACUUAUGACCGAGAAAGAGAUUCAGGAUAUACGAACAUCGGUCUACAAGCAGAUUGACCAGGAAGUGGAGCAAGCCAAGGCCGAUAUGUGGCCGGAAAUGUCAGAAAUCUCAACGAACGUUUAUAUGAAACCUACAGAAAAAGUGCGCGGUAAAGUUCCUUGGGAGACAUUCUAA